UUCUCUGCUGGGGCUGUGCAAUGCUGUAAUCUACUGCUCUGUCUCAAGUUAUUUAGAAAGGCUAGAAGUCUUCCCAUGUUUUUUGAAAUCACAAAAGUUAUUUUUGCCAGAGAAAGAGAUAUUUGACUGCAAUAGACUAUCUUCUAAUAUCAAAGCAUAUGAUCAGUUUCAGUUUUAAUCCCAAGCGACUUUUUCAUGAUAUAAUGUUAUGUGCGUGAUCAAUUUAAAUGGAAAGCUGUUCAAUUGCAGCGGAAUAGCGGAUUUUUAAAUACUUGGGUUGACGUCACUAAACUUUUCAAGAAGCGGUGCGCGCCGUCCGCGUUUGUGAAUAGAGACAGAACAGAACCGUGCGGGAACGAGAGAGAGCUGGGCGACAAGGAGACCGUACAAAACAAGGACUCUUUCACUUCAUUCGGAGAGAGGGAACUGAUGAGUCAGAGGGGAGGAUAGAUGAGUGACAGACACUACUAGUGGGUUCCAGACACACAAAUCCAAAUCAAGAAGGCUCCUGAUCCACUGCAGAGCCCAGGUCUCAGUACCACCAUAGAAGCUAUCGCAGUAUGAACCGAGCUUUCAACCGGAGAAAAGAUAAAUCUGGAGGGAUGACAGCCCCAGAGGCUUUGGCCAAGAAUCACAUAGUGUACAAUGUCAAGUUCCUUGGCGUAACAGAGGUUGACCAACCAAAAGGCACAGAUGUCAUAAGGAUAGCAGUGAGAAAGCUGAAGUUCCAAAGGCAUAUCAAGAAAUCAGAGGGCCACAAAACACCGAAGGUGGAGCUGCAGGUGUCCAUCUAUGGAGUGAAAUUAUUAGACCCCAAGACCAGAGAUGUACAGCACAACUGUCAGCUUCAUAGGAUAUCCUUCUGCGCGGACGACAAAACCGACAAGAGGAUAUUCACCUUCAUCUGCACAGAGCCAGAGACCAAAAAACACAUCUGUUAUGUGUUCGACAGUGAGAAAUGUGCAGAGGAGAUCACCGUCAGCAUUGGGCGAGCAUUUGACCUGGCGUACAGGAAGUUUCUGGAGUCUGGCGGGAAAGACGUGGAGAUGAGGAAACAGAUCGGCAGUCUGCAGAAGAGAAUUCUGGAACUGGAAACUGAAAAUUCCAAGUUGAAAGAACGACUUCAAGAUCUAGAGGAUCACAUGGCAGAUUGUCAAGGCUCACCGCUUCUACACUUGAACUCUUCUAACGAGGCCCACAUGCUGCCGAGUCCCUCAUCUAUGUUCUGGGGUGACAGUGUCAGCCUGAACGCCCUUUCAUUUCUAGAGAUGUCCUCUGUGGCUCUAACCCCAGCCAGCUCUCCAGACUCCAGUAUCUCCUCUGGUCUACUAACACCUCCACCCAGUAAACCUACCCAGCCCAGGCUACCGCAGCAUUAUGGAGGUUGCUUACCUCGACCGCGAGCAUGGAGCACCAUAUCCAGGCGUCCCCCGACGGAUGUUUUCGACAUGGUUCCAUUCUCCUCAGGGUCUCCUAUGGCAAGGAAACCUGCCAUCAAUGGGUCCUCUCCUCCUCCUCCCUCCUUUUCCCCUCCUCCACCUCCUCCACAUGUUUUCCUGAGAGAGAGAGGAACAGAUAUUUUGGGGGUGGAGCCUUUUGACCCGUUCCUCUGCAACACGUCCUUUCCUCCUGACGUCCAAUCUAAACUGGAUGAAAUGCAGGAGGGGUUCAAUAUGGGACUAACCCUGGAGGGCACCAUCUUCUCUCUGGACCCAGUGGACAGUCGCUGCUGACCACACCGCAACCCUAACAUGGACAGUUGAGGCUGACCACAACGCAACCCUAACAUGGACAGUUGACGCUGACCACAACCCUAACAUGGACAGUUGAGGCUGACCACAACGCAACCCUAACAUGGACAGUUGACGCUGACCACAACCCAAACAUGGACAGUUGAUGCCGACCACAACGCAACCCAACAUGGACAGUUGACGCUGACCACAUCCCUAACAUGGACAGUUGACGCUGACCACAACCCUAACAUGGACAGUUGAUGCCGACCACAACGCAACCCUAACAUGGACAGUUGAUGCCGACCACAACACAACCCUAACAUGGACAGUUGAUGCCGACCACAACACAACCCUAACAUGGACAGUUGAUGCCGACCACAACACAACCCUAACAUGGACAGUUGAUGCCGACCACAACACAACCCUAACAUGGACAGUUGAUGCCGACCACAACACAACCCUAACAUGGACAGUUGAUGCCGACCACAACACAACCCUAACAUGGACAGUUGAUGCCGACCACAACACAACCCUAACAUGGACAGUUGAUGCCGACCACAACACAACCCUAACAUGGACAGUUGAUGCCGACCACAACACAACCCUAACAUGGACAGUUGAUGCCGACCACAACACAACCCUAACAUGGACAGUUGAUGCUGACCACAACACAACCCUAACAUGGACAGUUGACGCUGACCACAACCCUAACAUGGACAGUUGAUGCUGACCACAACACAACCCUAACAUGGACAGUUGACGCUGACCACAACCCUAACAUGGACAGUUGAUGCUGACCACAACCCUAACAUGGACAGUUGAUGCUGACCACAACACAACCCUAACAUGGACAGUUGACGCUGACCACAACACAACCCUAACAUGGACAGUUGAUGCCGACCACAACACAACCCUAACAUGGACAGUUGAUGCUGACCACAACACAACCCUAACAUGGACAGUUGAUGCUGACCACAACACAAUCCUAACAUGGACAGUUGAUGCUGACCACAACACAACCCUAACAUGGACAGUUGAUGCUGACCACAACACAACCCUAACAUGGACAGUUGACGCUGACCACAACACAACCCUAACAUGGACAGUUGAUGCCGACCACAACGCGGACAGUUGAUGCUGACCACAACACAACCCUAACAUGGACAGUUGAUGCCGACCACAACGCAACCCUAACAUGGACAGUUGAUGCUGACCACAACGCAUCCCUAACAUGGACAGUUGAUGCUGACCACAA